AUACAAUCUACUACAGUCAUUAUAAUUAUAGGAAAUAUAGGUUAGUCAAUCAGUUUCAAAUGUCAUGAAUGGGUUUAGCUCAGUUCUACUGACACACUCAGGCUUGCCUCCAAGCCUGCUCUAAUCCCCAGCCAUGUGGAGACAGUCUCUUUAUCCACAAGGUAUAUAUGACCAUCUGGGUCACAGGGAGGAAAAAAUCAUUGAACUGUCCAUUUGUGAAAGAAGCUGUUGACUGUGUUUAUCAAGUUUGUUUUCCUUUGUGGCUGUCCUAAGCUCCUGUUUGUAGAGGGUCCUGGUUGCUGUGUGUCCUUGGUGGAGAUCUGUUUCCUUGUCAGUCGUUUCCCGGGUUACACAAAGACAAGCACAGUCUACACCCAGCAAGCCGAGGGCAUUAUUUUGACAUUUUAAAUAAGCAGUUAUACGGUAUCAUUAAGUAUUUCCAGGACCCACGCAACAGCUCCAAAGAUGUUGGAACAUAAAAACACUGUGUGACAAUAGAUGUUGUUAAAAAUGAGUCCAGCAGCAUAGUGUUUGCUAGUUUUCUUUGCUGGUCAGGAAACAAAACUGAAUUAAGAGGUUACCUCAGCAGGUUAAAAGACACAUAGACUGUAACUUGCGUGAUUUUUUUUUCCACGCCCAAACACAGGAUUUCCUCUUCAUGCGUGAGGUGUGCUUCACACAGCACGUUGGUGGGAAAGAAUCAAAAGUGGAGUAGAAACACUUGAACCACUGAGUGCGUGACAGCAGAUGGAACGUUAGUUAAUCGUGUGUUCAGCCUCGCGUGGAAUCCCCAGCCUCACUCGCAAAGGGUUAACACUGACCUAGUUUCCGUGGCAACACUGAAUGUCUGAUGACAUCACUGCUUUAAUUUUAGCUCAAGUCCGGCAUCCAAGGUUGGUCACAUGACCAGCAAGUCGGCACCACAUACACGUGUGUGUGUGUGUGUGUGUGUGUGUGUGUGUGUGUGUGUGUGUGUGUGUGUGUGUGUGUGUGUGUGUGUGUGUGUGUGUGUGUGGUUGGGUAGUAAGUGGUUUGAUAUAUAGUACAGACUCAGGAAGUGGAGGGUUUGACAUCACCUCUUCCAUUCAGUGCUGGCUUUCGAUGUAUUUACUGCUCCGUGAGGUUUCCACUCAGUCAGAGAAGAACUGCAGCUCUGCUAACCAUGUGUCGGGACACUAACAUACUGACAACAAUUAGUCAGAGUUUUUGUUCUCAAGAUGAUCUUGAAGUCUUCAGCUGGUCUUCAACUCUUUGUCUUUUGAAAAUGAGUGAGGGGCGGAUCUCAGUCUCUUGUGUUUCUCCUUGUUUAAGGAUAAUGGAAUAUAUUGAAGGGUAUUGCAAGAUGUCUGACAGAACUGUGCAAGUGUUGACACAAUGAAACAAUAUACAAUAUAAUCAAUAAAUCAAACAAAACUUGUUUGUAUAGCACACAACAGGCUAGUGCAGUUCAAAGUGCUUCAUAGAAGCCAAGACAAAAGAAGAAAUCAAAUAAGAAAGCUGACUAUGAGAUAAAUUAAAGUAGAUUUUAAAAGCUAUAAUAACAUUAACAAACAAACAUUAACAAAACAUACAAGAAUGUGAAUAAUAAUAUAACAUAAAAAUAGAAUAAAAUACAAUAAUAGUAGUACAUUAUGUCUCUGUGUUGUCUUGCCACUACUAAAAAUAUAAACAUAGAUUAAUUAUGCAACCUGAAAAGCAUUAAUUUGUUGUGUGUUCUUCAGUCUAAUAAUACUGAUUAUAUGAAGUCAGUUUAAGCUGAAUCAUUGUCUGCAAGUAAAAAGGUGACUAAAUACAAUUCCCCAUUAACUGUCCUCUACAACACUGCAUGCAAACCCAGGAAGAGCCAGCUGCUACCAGGCGCUGAACAACUGUUUUAACAACAGUGAAUCAUGUGUAGUGCAAGUGAUUGCCACUCAGGCUUCCUUUUAAAGUUGUAAAAGAACAAUUUUAUCAAAGGCACCUCGAUGACUUGAAAACAACAUACAUAAAUCCUCAUGGGAUUCCACGUGACACUCUAAUGCACAGUAGUCACCAACAACUGCCUCACUUACAUGCAAUCAUUAAUAUAUAGGGACUUGAUGAGCUCUGUAGUGUUGUCAUGUUUCAUUUCAUUUUCAUUUAAUUAAUGACAAUUAGCAGAUGUUCAUCUCUGCACUGUCUGUCCUGCUACACUACUAUAGUUCUGCACGUACCACUGAACAUGGCUGGAGCUUACAUCGAUUCUCAGCCUGGAUCGAUAACCUGCAUGGUACAAUGAGUUGUGGUUGGUGGCUUGUUGGCAUCGUUGGUGGUAUCUGUGUUUGAUGUCGGAGGGAGGUUGUCAGCCGCCUGGUGCCGCAGUUAAUAAAAAAUGAAUGGAAAGAGAAGGGGGAGGAGCCUUCAGCUGUUGCUGGAGCUCUUUAACUCUCACCUCUCUGGCGGCUCCUCUGCUGCUUCCACUGGGCACGCGGUUUAUUCAGUCCUGAAUCCCACUGCAGCCAGACGCUGCCAGGUUUUAUGUAACACAGCACCACAGCUGUUGGAGUUUUCACCACACACUAUUGAAACACGCACAUGAAAAUAUUGAUUUCUGAAGCAUAUUAAUGUGAAUUCAGGGGAGGCUCCAAAAAAUGUGAAGGACUGGACUGAUUAUAACGUAAAAGCAGAAAUAUAUGGCAUGUACUCGCUUUUCACAUUAAAAGGACAAAACAUCAUCUAUCCAUCAUAUUCUACCUGACUUUCAUUUGAAUGAUUAAAAAUACAUUUUGACCUUGACAGUCAAUCCAGAUGAUUUAAUGUAUACAAAGCACUACAUGACUUCACAGUGCACAAUGGAGGUUUUCUGUUUUGCCACAUUGUACUGGCCCUUUAAGCCCGGCUACGCCUGACUUGAACAUAUGGGAAGCUAAUCUUAGCCCAAGUCCUGAGAGAGACAAGGCUGGCAACCAGCCACUGUGCAGGGCUGGGGAAGGUUUCUCUUGCUUUCUCUUUAUCUGUUUUUCUCUCUCAAGUCUGAGCAAUUUAUGAUUUAACCCCAAAAUAUCAUCACCUGAAACUCACCAUGUGAUCGUUCAAGCUGUGACGUGUUUCACCUACACAAAAAUUGCUGUAGUGUUUGAAACAACUCUGUUCUGUCAAUGAUUACAUCAUUGUCCAAUCAGAUUUGACUGCUCAGCUCUUUUCAAUGACUUGGCACACAGUAACCUGGCAGGUAGUAGUACACAGUGUUCUUUUAUUGUUUUUUAACUCGCCUAUUUCCCAUCCAUUUCCCUUGUGUCUGAUGCCCACUCUCUUUGUCUCAGACCCAACAUUUUCUAACAUAUUCUGUAGAUUGAUUACAUUCCUCUCCUUCUUUUCAUGUCCCGAACCUCAAGCACAAAGAGUCGCCUCUCAAAAACAGCCACCCCCCUUCCCCUCCUUGUUAUUUUUUAGUGGCUCCACCCUGCCCAACAGCCCCCCACCCAUCACUACCUUUCCUUUUUUUUUCUCUUCUCCCUCCCAAACCACUCCUCCCUUUCUCUUUGUGAGGAGCAGUGAGGGGGGGAGUGGUAGAGAGGGAUAGGCCUUCCCCAGCUGGGCUGUUCGUGCUGACUUGCACGUGCCGAAUGUCAGGAGGUAUGACUCAGACUGGAUACCCUACACUCAUUACUACGAUCCACACCCAAACACACCCUGAACCUAACACCAUCUUGCCUGGGAAGUGUGUGUGUGUUAGUCUCUCUGUUACUCAUUAUAGAGACAGAUGGAAAGAUAAGGUACAUACAGGUAAUAUCCUGUACAAAAAAGACACUGUCUGUAAAUUUACUAUGAAAUUAGUGAUAUUCAAAAUAAAGCUCUCUUGUGCCUAGUUUGUUCAUAAAAAGACCAAACCAGGCUAAAAAUAAUAAACCAGUCAUAAUACUGAGAGAUUUCAGUGAGAUAUUUGCCUAAUCUGUUCAUCGAGGCACAAACACUUUGUGUUGCUCCUACUCUGUUAAAUCCAAUGUGCUCAGUGCAGCCCUGCAGCCUCUUGUCCCGCCCACCAUUAAACCCGAUGACCCUCAGUGAACAAUCCAAUACUGUAUGCAUGCUAGCAUGUAUGUGUGUGGAGAGAAAAAUCAUUAGUGUGCCUCUGUAUUUGCAGGACUCUUUGGUGUUUUUGCCUGUGUGUGCAUGUGAUGAGAAACAGGCAUGUGUGUUAGAGCGGUGGUUGUGGGGUGGGGGGGUGGGGGGGUGGGCAGGAAGAGAGAAAGAAAGUGAAAGAUAAAGAGACAGAGAGCGAAAAGAGAUGGAAAGGGGGACGGAGAGCGUUAGCGUGUCAGAUCAGAUGACCUUGAUGCCAUUAGACUGCAGGGUAAGGGGGGGGGGGGGGGGGGAGAGAGCAGUGGUGGAGAGAGGUGGAGUCAGCUGACAGGAAGAGAUGGGAGGAGGGGAAAGGACCCUCAUGUCAUGACCGUGAUGCUCAUGUGAGUUGUUUAAUGGCUGCUGGAGAAAGUGUUUUUUUUUUGUUUUUUUUUUACCAUAAAUGACACAAACCUUCUCACUAAUUAAAGGUGAUGAAGGAGCAGAGAUAGUGAAAUAACAUCAGUUCACCCACUAAGCCCUUGAAACUGAACAGUUUGUUCUUCACCGGCUUUUGUGUUUCUCACACACACACACAAACACAGACCUCCCACUACUGAUGUGCUGGUAAAAAAAAUUUAAAAGCUUGUUUCAGUGUGUGAGGGUUUUAUGUCAGGACUUUGUUGAGAAGAAAAGACAAAGAUGACUCAGGCUUAGUCAUAUGCAAGCCAACCCAACACACACUGCUGAGAAUGGACUUUUGUUGUCAGUCAUCCCUCCUACAACCAAGACCUUUCCUCUGUGCUGCUGAGAAACAGUGAGCAAGAGACAGAGAAGUGAGAGCGAUGGAGAGAGAGAGAGAAAUGGAGAGAGAUAGAGAGAGAGAUGAGGGCGUGAAACAACUCAUUUGGAUGAUAAUUUGACUACACUGUGAGAUGAAGUGAUCGAUGUGAGAAUUGGAGUCUCUGUUGUAUCGUCCUCUCUCUUUCUCUCAAUGCCCGGUUACAGCAGGUUCACUGUAAGUGUCAUGUUUUCCAUUUAAUUUUCCCUGAAAGGUUUAACAUACUUGUAUUGUUGUUGUAAUUUCUUCAGGUCUCUGUGUCUUGUGAGAAAACAGAUGAAGUAGAAGUUAACUAGGACAUGGCUACAGACUGUAUGCCCUCCAGUUAUAGUGUAACCUAUCACAUUCUGUUAUCUAGUUGAGACGUAACUCAUUGUGUUCAGGAGGUGAUUUCAGGACAGCUCUCUUGGGCAAACCUGAAUGACAGCAUCGUGCUGUUGCUUCUUUAAUCACACAGAAACAUCUUAAAGCCAAGAACACACUUUAUGUACUUUUCUGUUUUUAAUUAUCUAUAUUAACUAUUCAUCAAAGAAUGUGUAUUUCAUUCAAGAGUAGUCUUACUGUAUUUUAGUUUUAUCUACCUACAUACAGUAAAGUGUGUCACAUGUGUUGUUUAGCAUCUGCGUCAUGUGUCGGAAACAGCUGAAUAUGUUACCGUGGAGGUUCCCUUUUCUGUGUUGACGUUCUGGUCAAAUUGUACUUCUUUGUUUUACUCAGCUGUGUACGUGGACAGGGGGCAAACUCACUCCGAGAUCACGUUUUCACAACGAGACUGAGUGAGUUAAUGUAUUGUGUUGAAGUAUGGUACUCUUCUCUAGGUCACAAGUUCAGCUUUUAUUUCUGUUCUGUUUUCUUGAUGUUCACUUUAAAAGCUGUGAACGUGUUAUAGCCAUGUUGUGUCAUUCAUUUGUUACACUGUUUAUAUUAGAUCUAGCUGUGAUGUCUGCCGGUCUGCAAAGAUCUCUUUUAGCCCAAUGACCAUAUUAGCUUUGAAAAAUUAUUUAUUUUGGCAAGUGUUGUGUCGCCGGUUUUACUUCAAGAACUCCUUCAACUGAAAGGUUUAACUUUUCUGACAACAAAGGACAGAGAAAGUCUGUUCUGUUCAGUCUUUGAAAUGAGGAACUGUGCUUGGAGAGCAUGUGAUUCAGGGGUUAAGUCGAGGCUCAAGCUAGAAAUGCAGUGUCAUUGCAGCCGGGGGAGAGCGUGAGCACGAGUCAGUCGGGUGAAUGAAAGAGCAAGUUUUCGAGUGUCCGUUGGUGUGUGGUGUUGGUGAUAGUAGAGAGUGGGCAUGUGUCAGAUAAUACAUGUGCCCACCCAGCAGUGGAGGCAAGCAUCCUGGUGGGAGCCACUGAUGAUGAUGACGAUGCAGCUACGUCAUCGCCACAUGUGUUUCCUACCUCGCUUGCUCAGUGCUCUCACUCUCGCUCAUUGGCACUCCCCGGUCAUGUGACCUAAUGCUCUACUUCUCCUCUCCUUCCCUUAGACAGCUUAGGCUGCGCUGUGUUUCUCUUUGGAAUUGACACUCAUCUGUGUGUGUAUAUAUGAAUAUGUGUGGCAACAGAGAGACAGACAGUGGACAAUUUGCAGGGCCAGAGAGCGGGUGCGUCAGAAAGUGUUGGAACGGUAAUGCAAUGAGCUAUGCUAGGAGGAGAAAAGGCUCAGGAAACAAAACAGAGAGGCACAUCGAGAGAGGGAGGCAGAGGCAGAUUGAGAAAGCCAGAGAAAAUGAGACAUCAAGAGAGACCAAGAGAAACAGGGAGAGCCAAAGUAAGAGAAGCAGGGAAAGGUUACUGAAGUUAAUCCAGCCAUAGCGCAGUGUAGCCGGCACAUUGCUCAGUAAUAUAACAGAAAAAUACUACGCAGGAGCUGACAGCGAUCUGCAUGGGGGAGACAGCCAUGUUUCUCCCCCCCCCCUCCUUCCUCCUCUUCCUGGUUAAAUCUGCUUCAAAACUCCAGCAAUGUUGGAUAUGAGAGAGGAGACGCCACAAGGCCGGUCAAUCCAGCAAGUGGGCGAGAGGAAACAUCCAGCGAUCAUGACGACGUUGAUGAUGAUAAUGGCAGUGACGCCAAGGCAGAACAACGACUGUUCGCGAAGUCACUUCAGUGGAUGGCCCCAGAAGUGGAGGCCAGAUGGAAAUUGGGUCACAUGACCGCCUCCAGGAAGGCGUGCUGAGCCUGGAACUGGCCAAUGGGGUGAAUCGCUACCAUAACGAUGAUGAGGCAUCUAUGGAUACGGAGCAGCAGAGGGCAGGAAGCGUGCCUCCAAGGCAGUGCUGGGUGGCAGGACAUGGCAAGGUCAGUGACAGCCAACAACAGCAGCCAUGUUGGAACAGCAGCAGUGGUGCGACCCCUGGUGAACCUGUUCACCAUGCAAACGUGGAGGAUGCCCACAAUCUGGUGGCUUUUUCUGCUAUUGCUGGCUCCUUGCCUCCUUCUUCCUCCUCUUCCUGCCUUCUCGUGCAGCCCAACACAGCCCAGCUAUACGAGAGGUUCACCCAGGAGAUGGGUGCUGAGGGGGCUCAAGCCAGACUCUCUAAAGGGGCUCCUGAGGGAAGCCGCCAACCUCCAGAAGACCUGAACACCCUACAGACAGCACUGAGCCAAGCCAGACAUGGACACAAGCCCCCUAACUGCAACUGUGACGGGCCUGACUGUCCAGACUACCUUGAGUGGCUGGAGAAGAAGAUUAAGUUGGCAACCAAUGAGGAUCAAGGUGCCAGCAAAAUGGCUGAAGCUCCCCCACACCUACAGCCUCAUCUACAGCAACCUCUUUUGCAGCAUCACCCUCAGCCCUACCCCCAGGUGAAUGGUGGUCACCGUAUGCCUACUUCAUACUCCCAGCAGCAACAGGGAACUCAAGGCCCUCACCCAGACCAAGUGCCCUGCUCCAAACCCCCAAUUCCUUGCUCUCCCCAGGUGCUUUCCAUAGCCAAGGAAAAGAACAUCAGUCUUCAGACCGCCAUUGCCAUAGAAGCCCUGACUCAGCUAUCUGGUACCAGUCCACAAGCUGCUGGCUCUCCAGGUCAAACCCCCUACAACAGUAACCUCCAUCACCACCCACAUCUCCAGAACCUCCCAUCCCAGCCUCCCAAUGGCUCUAGCUUGAUUCCACCCUCUCCUGGCAGCCACUCAUCUUCCUCACGCUCUCAGUCCGUCCCUCCAGGACUACACACCAGCCAGCAGGCCCCAGUGUCCUGUGAGCACCACAGGCCCCAGUCCCAGGGCCAGCCGCCCCAUGCUACGCCUCUCCCUUCCUCUACCUCUCCCUUCCCAGGUCAGGGAAAACCUCCAGGCUUCAGCCCCAAUCCCCAGCAAUGGCAACAGAGCUCAGGCAGAGGCUCUGAACAGAGGAACCCAUGGAUGUGUGUGAAGUCUGAGCCCCAGUCUCACUUCGCUGCUGCACCUCACAGUAGCUCAGACCCUAUGUCAGAGCUCAAACAGCUGCUUGGUGACACCAGUGGCAAAUUCAUCAAUGCUUCUUUCAAGCUUCCAGUCACACAGCAGCUCAGCGUGAACCAGAAUGGAGGUAUCCAGGCCCAGGAUCACCCAGCACUGUCCAGAGUAAAGCAAGAGCCAGACUCUGGCGAGCACUACCAUCACACUGCCUCCAUGGGACAUUAUGGCAUGGCUAAUGGUCAGCAGCAGGGUCAGCACUACCCUGGCACUCCCCUGUCACCUGGCCAAGCAGCCAUCAGCCACUCCACUCAGGCAGCUCUGCAACAGCACCUUCACUACAAGAGGAACCUCUUCUCGAACCACUCCCCCGGCUUUGGAGCACCGUGCCCACGUCCACCUCUGGCUUGCCAAAACUUGAAAAAAUGGUGGCCGCAGAUGGAGGCAGAAGGUUUGCCACAUCUGGCCAUCAAACAGGAACCUAAGGAACCCAAGAAGAAAAAAAGCAGCCAGGGAUCUCCUGUCAUAAAAGCUAUGAGUGGGAUGCUUACAGGCCCUCCCCUGCCCAAACCCAAACAGAUAAUCAUCAAGAAGACUAAGCAGAAAGCCUCCAUGCCAACCUUCCUGCCUCAGACUCAGAUUUCCAUACAGAAACCACCGGUCCUCAUGAUGGACAGAGCCCUGGCCCUGACCAGCCUGCAAGCAGGCCUCCCCUCUCUGCCCCUCCACAGUAACUCCACUCAGGCUGCUGCUGCAGGCCUCCCUGCCCCAGCCCAAUCUCAGGUAUCCAUUUCCAACUCCUCAAUGACUCCCUCUUCCACUGUUUCUGCUUUGUCAGAAAACACUCCAGCCCUCAUGGGCCCUCUGCCCACACCUGUGGCCCCUGUAGCCCAUGCUAAGUCAGAAGGAGCGGGCAGCCUAGCCUCCAGUAACACCAGCACCACCAUACCUCUGACCUCCACAUUUCCAUCCAGCACCUCACAGUUACAGAGUCUUAUCAACAUAGACCCUAAGUACGAAGAACUGAUCCGCCAGUUUGAGGCUGAAUUUGGGGACUCAGACCCAGAUGCAUCUGCAAGUCAGCUCACUGCUACAGCCCCUCAGCAGGGGAAUCAGUCCCAGACCAGUCCUCAGGUCCUCAGUCCCACAUCAUCAUCCACUUCCCUAUCGGCUCCUCUAAGUCUCACCACUCAAGCCAGCUCGGCACCUCAUCCAAACGAUCAGGAGAUGGAGGUCAGCAAGGACGAGUCAGGGACCCAAAGCGAAGCAACCUUGAACCAGGCAUCCACAGAAAGCCCUGUGGAGGAGCAGAAUGAGGGGCCCCUCCAUGUCUCCCUGCGUCAGGAGGCCGGUAUGGACAAGCAGCAGCAGCCCAGUGUGUUAGAGGAUAACUUCAGCAUGCCAUGUUCCCCGAUGCCUAAACGCAUGAAGCUUGAAGCAACAAGUGAUAUAGCAGUACUGUCCACCACAUGCUAUUCUGAGGAGGACACGCCCACUAAGGACAGUCUGCCCUCUUCACCGUCUCUCAGAGGCUUCCUAGAGUCUCCUCUGCGCUACCUGGACAGCCCCACCAAGAGCCUGCUGGAUACUCCCUCCAAGGACCUACAGGCAGAGUUCCCCACUUGCACCUGUGUGGAGCAAAUCCUGGAGAAAGAUGAAGGUCCCUACUACAACCACCUGGGAUCUGGACCUACUGUAGCCUCCAUACGAAAUCUGAUGGAGACAAGGUAUGGAGAGAAAGGGGAUGCCGUUCGGAUUGAGAAGGUGGUGUACACAGGCAAGGAGGGAAAGAGCUCACGAGGAUGUCCUAUUGCAAAAUGGGUGAUCCGUCGAAGCAGCGAGACAGAGAAGCUGCUUUGUCUGGUGCGUCAGCGCGCAGGCCACCACUGUGCCAACGCUGUCAUCAUCAUCCUCAUCAUGGCCUGGGAAGGUGUCCCAAAGAUGCUGGCUGACAAGCUGUACCGUGAGCUCAGUGACACCCUCACCAAAUAUGGCAACCCGACCAGCCGACGCUGCGGCCUAAAUGAUGAUCGUACUUGUGCGUGUCAAGGCAAGGAUCCCGAAAGUUGUGGUGCUUCCUUCUCCUUCGGCUGCUCCUGGAGUAUGUACUUUAAUGGCUGUAAGUACGCCCGAAGCAAAAUGCCACGCAAGUUCAGGCUACAAGGAGAUCACCCUGAAGAGGAAGACAAACUCAGGGAUAACUUUCAGCAUCUGGCAACUGAGGUGGCUCCUUUGUACAAACGGCUGGCCCCACAGGCAUACAGUAACCAGUGCCAGUCAGAGUCCAAAGCUCCAGAGUGCAGGCUGGGCUUAAACGAGGGCAGACCCUUCUCUGGAGUCACUGCUUGCAUGGACUUCUGUGCCCACGCUCAUAAAGACCAGCACAACCUCCACAAUGGUUGCACAGUGGUGUGCACUUUAACUAAGGAGGACAACCGUGCAGUGGGGGAAAUUCCUGAUGACGAGCAGCUUCAUGUGUUGCCUCUGUACAAGAUCGCCCCGACUGAUGAGUUCGGCAAUGAGGAGGCCCAGCGCCUCAAGAUGCAGACUGGUGCCAUCCAGGUGCUUCAGACUUUCCGCCGUGAAGUGCGCAAAUUGCCUGAACCUGCCAAGUCCUGCCGACAGCGCCGACUGGAGGCCAAGAAGGCCGCCUCAGAGAAGAAGAAAAGUAAACUCAUGCAGCAGGCAGGGGAGACGCCUGAAAAAGUAGUGGUCAAGGCUGAGGUCUGCAUCACCCGAUCCCCUCAACCCCAAGGCAAUAAAGCAAUUAUAAAACAAGAGAUGAAGCCCAACAUCAAGAAGGAGCCCUUCAAUGGGUCAAUAGAUGGAUACCCUGUGCAGGCAGCAGACCCAUUCAACAACAUUUAUCCACACCCUGCCUACUAUGCAAGGGGAGGCCUCCCCCCAACUGGCCAGCCCUCUGCACCAGACCAAGUAAACGGUUACCAUCCACCACCCAAUCUGCCCGCAGUGCACUAUGGCUACUACAACUACCCCCCCAAUGCACUUUUUCCCCCUAAGCUGAGGACCUACGAGGGUCGAAAUGGCUCUUUGCCCAAACCAGGUGGUAAGGCUAUCCAGGUAGACAAGAAACCUGAUAUUCAGAGCCUUCAAGCCAGACUGGCCCAGUCCUACUGUGGCCAACCAGAGCAUACCAACCAACCAAACCAUAGCGCUUACGCCCAGCCUGCAGACUACAACCAGUCCCGUCCUUCCUCUGUCUCCUCUGAGCCCUCCAACAGAGGCACUCCAUUAAUCAAACAGGAGCCUAUGGAUGUGCCAGUCUAUGAAGGCGCAGUGCCGAACCAGGCUAGGGCCAACACACCUAGCGGCAUCACCCAGCCUACUGCCUGGCCCGGGCACAAGCUCAAUGGAAAUAUUGUUCCCACAAACUGGGACAGCCAUCGAAACCAUAAACCAAGUCCUGAAACCUCAUCGUUGAACCCGGAAAAGCAGCAGUUUCACCAGCAUCCCCAGCAGCAGCCCUCUCCUUACCCCCAGCAGUGGACAUCCUACCCUGGCUCAAAUGCCUUGAUGGCUUCCCCUGCCCCAUCACCAUCACUCCAGGUACCUCCCUCUCCAUCUCCGUCCCCUCACCCAGGCACAGUGCUCCAAGGUAACAUAUACCAAGGCUCUCCACGCCCUGCCACCCCACGCCCAAGCACCCCUCACCCAGGAACACCACAGCCUGGCACCUCUCACUCAGGCUCUGUUACACCACAGCCAGGUACUCCAGGCCCAAGCACCCCCAGGCACUGGGCCAGCCCUGCUCCUAGUCCUCAGCCGAAUGCCUGGGCCAUGGGGCCUGCUGCAUAUAGUCCUGGUUUGAAGCACAGCAGUCCUGCAGGAGCCUACCCUGACAAAAUCUGGUCCAAGACCGGGGAGAGUCGGUGUUCCACUCCCCUUGGGCUCCAAGAGAAGGCCUGGAAGUCUUGUGGAGGUUCAGUGGCAGGCAGUACCCCGUCCCCUGCCCCAGAGGGCCGGCUAUUCCCUGAUGCCCUGCAGCAGUCGGAUCAGGCCUGCUGGGGCCCCAGGCGAGCUGACAGUGACGUAGAGAGCAUCAGGGGGGACGAGGAUGAGGUGUGGUCUGACAGCGAGCACAACUUCCUGGAUCCCAAUAUCGGUGGUGUAGCGGUAGCACCAGCCCAUGGUUCCAUCCUGAUUGAAUGUGCCCGUCGGGAACUACAUGCUACCACUCCACUCAAAAGGCCCGAUCGCUCCCACCCCACCCGCAUCUCCCUGGUCUUCUACCAGCACAAGAACCUCAACCAGCCCAUGCACGGCCUGGCUCUGUGGGAGGCCAAAAUGAAGCUGCUGGCAGAGCGAGCACUGCAGAGGCAGCAGGAAGCGGCUCUCCUUGGCCUCUCCCAGGAAGACAUCAAGGCCCUAGGGAAGAAACGCAAGUGGGGGGCUACGGUGGCAGGUGCCAGUCCAGGACCUGGACAAUCUAAAGACAAGAGGGAGGGGCCGGUGACGCGGUUAGCCCCCACGUUCCAAACAACCUCUAUGGUUACUGUGUCUCCCUAUGCCUUCACCCGCCUCACUGGGCCCUACAGCCACUUUGUCUGAGGUCAGACAGACACACACAGACUGAUAGCUACAGAGUGGUGCAGUGAAGGGCUGGAGAGAGCGAUGAGCAGGAUGAAUGUCUCUCAGCCAUCUCGCAGUCUGGCAUCUCUCCAUCCUGCCCCCUCCACGGUCCACUUGGAGGAGGGGACAUUUUUAUUGUUUUUUACCUCAUGUCAGGCAGUGGUUUGGGCUUCAGACACACUGCCUGUGGUGCUCUUCCUCUCUCUUCCCUGGAGAGGAACUCCAUUGCUUUUUCUUGUUUAUAGAAUUUUAAUGAUUCUAAUUAUUGCUAUUAUUAUCAAUAUUAUUAUGAUUGCUAUUGUUACUGUCAAUGUUGUUAUUACAGGUAUUAUUAUAAUGAAGACUUGUUUUUUUUUUAUUAUUGCUGUUUUCAUUAAUGUUAUUAAUGAUGUGAUUGUUUUUGGUUAUAUAUUUUUUUAAAAUCAAUCAGUCUGAGUGAGUUAGACUCAAACAAUUGCUUUUUCCAUGUUUGGAAAACGUGUACCCUACUUUCUGUUUGAUUAUUUUUUUGUUCUCGUUAAUUUUCCAGUUGUGCUUAGAGGAGGAGCCAUUGUUUGCCUGGCAAGACAGCAAAUCAAUAUUGCAGUCAUCAUAUAAAAAGCCUUUCCAGCAGGCUUUCCAUAGGUAUCCUUCUCCCUAUUGGCAAUAUACAGAUUUGUAUCUUUAUUUUAAAUAGGUUAGUUUAGGCCUCCAUAAAGGAUUUAAGCAUUUAUGAUGAAUUUGGCCAUUAUGAUGACUGUGUUCAAAUUUUGUCUUCUUAAAGACUGACAUCGAGUCAGUUUACCAGCACCACUGCUGACUAACACACAAGUCUACUUUUCUAUUAUUGUAAAAAAUGUCCACACACAUGGUUAAACAAGACGAGGGAAGGAAGGAAAGGAAGUACAGGUUUCCACCAAGGUCAGCUGUCAAAGCAGUGUAGUGUAUGUCCAAAUUAUCAGUUGAAUUUGUGAUGAUACAAUCCAUCAUAUAUUUUUGAUAUGGCUACAGUAACAAGUAAAAGAUAUAAAAAUAUCUUCCAAAUAGAAAACAGCAGAAGAGUGGGUUUCAGCGUGUCUAGGAGAGCAGAGGCUAAAACUGAGCUCCACAGUUAUAAACUAAUUCAAUCAUUCUGAUGCAAAAUGUUGGAGAAAAAAAAGUAAUCACCAUUACCCUCUAAAUCCCCCUGAAAGAAACAUUGCUGUUCCUCUUGUCGUCAGAUGAUGUGCUCCUCCUCCUCUUCUUCUACACCCCUCCAGCUUCCGACUGGUGCUCAACUUCCAGCUCUGAUCGAUUUUCAUUCCACUACUAUUCAUGGCACUUGAUGCUGUACUUAGGUGCUCACAUCUGGCUCAAGUAGCAUUUGAAAGUAAAUAUUUUCUCUUUUGACUGAGGUGGAGUACCAGAAUGAUGAGACAAAAUUCGUUUGCUUCAAGACAUGAAGUGCAGGAAAUUUAUCAAGCAAAGAAAAGAAUAAUGAAUUAUCUUACAUGCUUUGUUUUCCUGUGUGGAGAACUGCACGUUUGGUAUUCCACUGAGGCUAAAAUGACUGAUACUAUUUCCAAAUGCCAUUUGACCCAGAUCAGCUAUUACCACAGAGAGAUGUAACAGGUGGCACUCUUUAUCUUCCUAUCACGUUCAAGUAGGGGUGAGCACUUCCCAGUGUAAACUCUAGAGGGCAGCAGCGACUGCCGUUUCAAAGCGGUGUGUACAAACAAACCUACAAGCACUUGAGAUCCAUGCAGCAGCCGGCAGAGCCUUGGCUUCCUGCUCUGACCAUCAAUGGCCAGUAGAGGGGGGUGUCACCCUUUUUGCAGACCAUGGAUGGUCCUCACCAAAGCAGCUCAAGGCGAAGUUAAUGUUUGUCCCACUGUGGCACAGAUGUGAAUGACGCCUGGAGAUGCCUUUGGGAAGCUCGUCUGGGGUUAGAGCAGAAUGAAACAGUGUUGGGAUAGCAGUGCUUUCGGUGCUCCUAGACACACUCUGGUGCUCUCCUAUUACACUUGAUUUACUGUGAAGGGCCCACCUCUUCCUCUGCAUGGUGCUGUCAUCUUCGAGCAGAGCGAGGCGUGUCCUUCUGCAGGCACCUUGGUCACCACAGAGCCUGCCAAUCAAAGUGGCCGCCUCCAUGGUUGCAGCUCUGUCACUGGUUCCCUUUUGAGGUGCUUUUGCAGUUUAUUGUGGCAAAGUGUUUUUUGUCUCAAACAAACUUACACUGUACAGGGAAGAGAAAGCACAGUCAUUCAAUGCAUUCUUGGCAACUCACUCAAAGAGAAAACAAUAGUACUAAGAGUUAAAGGGAGAUCAUUACUGUAGCUUCUGAGAGUUGGCACCAAAUGCAAACGCAUUGAGUCAAUGAUUCUCUCACUUUGUGUGUGUGUGUGUGUGUGUGUGUGUGUGUGUGUGUGUGUGUGUGUGAGAGAGAGAGUGUGUGUGUGUGUGUGUGUGUGUGUGUGUGUGUGUGUGUGUGUGUGUGUGUCUGAACAUGACACAUAUGCAUGUGUGCGUGAAAGAGAAGAGCCAAAGAGAGAGACUAUUUGAACACCUGGAUAGAGUCCGGUGAAUCAGUCAUUUUUUAUUUUCUCUCCAUGAACCAUGUGACUCUUUGACAAGUUCAGAUGUUUCACUUGCAACAUGUGAUGAAAAUGAAAAUGAGUGAGUGGUAGGACUUAACACAGGCUAACUCCUGGCUACUGGGUGGUUAUUUGGGUCAAGGCCCUGGUCAUCUGUGAAAGACCCUGUUACCUCUCCCGAGGGUCUCCAGCUCUCUACCUCACGCUGUAGAGACACUGGUCACAAUCACAACUUGCUACUGAGGGCAGAGAAUCAUACAUAUGUCCCUUUGUGUGCUAUAGAUCUCCACACUCAUUUUAACCUGCUUUUUUUUUUUUUUUUUUUUACUCUUAUUUAUUACUACAUGGUGAUGAUGAUAAUGAUUGUCUUGAUGUUUUUUUCAUCUUUUUUUAUAUAGCUAAUACAAAUUGUACAUACAGAAGAAAAGAUUUAUAAAAGCACUUUUAAUCUUGAUUUUAAUGACAAAAAGAAAGAGCCGAUUAUUGACAACUUGAAGCUUAGGUUUUCGUUUUUUUUUUUUUUUUUUUUUAAUUUUCUCAAGAGAGAGAUGAAAAAAAUGUAAAUAUUAAAAUAUUUAGGUAAGAUUAUUUAACUGGUGAGGAUAGUAACUAAACCAUGAAUGACAAGGGGUAUUUUAAGUCUCUGACAGCCCUUAACAACAGUAAACAACACGUGGACCCAAUGUGUUGUAUUUAAAUGUGUGCUUAGUAACACUGCUGUUUUGCUUUCUUAAGUACUGUACCCCAUGUCAGCAUGUAACUGACAGAGACCUGUCACUUUAUACAAACAAAUUCAUUAGCCCAAUUAUCUAACAUGAUUCCGUACUUGAUUUACUCACCUACGACACUCAAAACAAGAAGAUCUCCCACGUUGCAAUUGUCUGACCAAAACCUCUAUGAAGAGUAUGAAUUGUAGAGGUUUAGAGAAGCUUGUCUGCUUGGCAACAAUGAAUUUGUUUUGACAUUUUUAUAGCAGGUGUCGACAACGUAAGAAAAAUAUUUCAAUUUAAUCCUGAAAAAUAUCCAAACUGCAAUUAUAUGGUACUCAACAAUGGUCUACUGUCAGUAAGCUAAGGACAAAUCUAAAUAGGUAGCCAUAAACCUGGUAUGUGCUGUGUGUUGUUUAAAGGAAUAGUUCAACAUUUUGGGAAAUACACUUAUUCGCUUGCUUGUAAAGCCUAAGAUGAGAAGAUUGAUACCUCUCUCAUGUCUGUAUUUAAAAUAUGAAAGCCAGAGCCAGCAGCUGGUCAGCUUAGCUUAGCAUCGAGUCUAGAAACAGGGGAAAACAGCUAGCCUACCCAUGUCUCAAAAGCUCACUAGUUAACAUGUUAGAUAUACUUCAACACAUAAUGUUUUAAUACUUUAUGGGUCAAAUCAAUGAGACAUAGUGUUUAUUAGUGAGUUUUAGAGGAGCUCAUAAGCUGAGUUUGUUACAUUUGGACAGGAGGAAACCAGCUGUUUCUGCCUUUUCAGUUUUUAUGCUAAGCUAAGUGCUAUCACUCUUCAAAUGAGUGUAUUUCCCAUUAUUUUGAAGUAGUCCUGUGAUAUCAGUAGAGUUGCCCUCGAUAGCUGAACCACCAGAGCCGCGUGUUCUGGAUGUGUAGGAGUGGCGGUUGCAGAGCCAGUCUAAGGUGAAUCAGCGGGCGAUGUUUUAGCAAGUAUUAAAACAACCGCAAUCUUUGUCAGUUGUGUUAGACUAUCAGGUAAGAGGUUGCUUCCCUGCUUGUUUAGAUGUAUCUGUCAUAAUUAUCUAACCUAGUUCUCAUGAUAGUAAGUUUGCACUUGGCAUAAAAGUCAACGACGUCCCUGUGGAAGACACCAGGUGUUUAGUUUGUAACGGUAAUUAUAUGGCACACACAUCAUGGCUAACAGUAGUUUGAUUGGUGCAGGGGCAGGGACAGGGCCCAUUUUACUUGUUAACCAUGAGACAUGGCCCACAUUACACACACAUACACACUUGCCUAAGAAAAGGUGCUGAGGAUACGGUGUAUAUGAUCUCUCAAUAACUUAAUAACUGUAAAUUUCUAAAUGUAUCACGAGUUGGGUGGAUUGCUCUCACGUGAGGCGCCACCUCCUAGUCACCAAGACACAGGGGUUGGUCAGCUGGUGCUAUGAUGAUGCUUACACCUUAAAUUCACUGUGUAAAAAAAAAAAAAAAAUGUGAGGGAUAAAUGAUUACCACAAAUAUUUUUCUGAGCUCUUCGAAUGUCAAGAGAACUAUACUUUUGAUUAAAGCAGUUUCGUGGGAUGGGAAGCUGCCCUGGUGCUGACUUUACGAAAAGUCUUUUGUUACAACGUUGCAGAUUUACAUCUCUUUUUUGAGGGCAGGCGGGCACAAACGGUUGAUCACAUCCUCUAUCAAUAUUCAUCCCAUAUUGUACUUGAAGUCAUUUAAACUAGGAUGAGAUAUAGAAUCAUAUUAUAUGAAGACUGUUAUCCCGGGUUCACAUUUGGUACAGCGCAAGUACCAAAUGCUAUUGAAACUAUCUUUUGAGUAUGUUCAUGUUAAAUGAAUGCUAAGAUAUUUGAUCACUUCAAGAAUAGCAAUUGUGUACUGCCUCCCUCUUCCUCUCCCUAGUCAUGCACUUCCUUUACUCAACCCCUCUUUUUCUUAACACCUUGUAUAUUUUUGUCUUUCUCACACACACACGAACAUAGAUAUAUACGCAUCUCACUGUGUAUGGCCCACUUUUAGACGUCUACCAACACGUAAUUUAAUUAACACUCUCCAAAUCUGGGAUGGAGACUUGGACCCUGGCCCAUACAAAAAAAAGAAAGAAAGAAAACAAACCUACACAACUGGCAGCUACAUUCCUUUUUGAGUUUGGGGAUUGUUCUUGGUUCUUUAUUUUUCAUGUCAAGGAUGCAGUAUGUAAAAAAAAGUGUUUUUGUUCAGUCUCUCUCUCUUUGUAGCUGUAUGGUGUAUUAUGUGAAUACAUAGUGUAUGUGGUAAAAAGCCCACAAUAUUGUUUUAUGUUGCGAGAUAAAUAAAAACAUUGAAGUGAAAACUUAA